AUGAAAAACGGACCCGAAGUCCACACCAGUCCCCACCAGUCCCCACCAGUCCACAACAGUCCACAACAGUCCACACCAGUCCCCACCAGUCCACACCAGUCCACAACAGUCCACAACAGUCCACAACAGUCCACACCAGUCCCCACCAGUCCACACCAGUCCACAACAGUCCACAACAGUCCACACCAGUCCCCACCAGUCCACACCAGUCCCCACCAGUUCCCACCAGUCCCCACCAGUCCCCACCAGUCCCCACCAGUCCACAACAGUCCACACCAGUCCACACCAGUCCACACCAGUCCCCACCAGUCCCCACCAGUCCACACCAGUCCCCACCAGUCCACACCAGUCCACAACAGUCCCCACCAGUCCCCACCAGUCCCCACCAGUCCACACCAGUCCCCACCAGUCCCCACCAGUCCACACCAGUCCCCACCAGUCCACAACAGUCCACACCAGUCCACACCAGUCCCCACCAGUCCACAACAGUCCACACCAGUCCACACCAGUCCACACCAGUCCCCACCAGUCCACACCAGUCCCCACCAGUCCACACCAGUCCCCACCAGUCCACAACAGUCCCCACCAGUCCACACCAGUCCAGACCCUCAUGGGAAGACGUUUUACCCAGAGGGAAACAUUAAGCGAUACCAUAACAAAUUGGGACACUUCUUAAAUCAUGAGAAAUAA